UCAAUCCGUUGAGACCGCACACCGAAGACAAGCUGAUCAACUUCUUUUCCGACACUCUUUGACGAAACUCAAACAAUGCCUCUGUCUCUGCGUCUCGCUCCAUCUCCUACGGCUUUAUCUCCGACAACCGGCGGAUUUAGUCCUGCGAAAAAGCAGUGUCGUAUCCCUUCUUACUCCGGCGUGGCGACGACGACGAGGAGGAUUGGUUUCUGCUCAUUGGAUUAUGUGAAAAGGGGAGACUCCUCUGUGGUGAGGUGUAGCUUAGAGACGGUGAAUGUCAGUGUUGGUCAAGUGACGGAAGUGGAUAAGGACACUUUCUGGCCCAUCGUUAAAGCCGCCGGUGAAAAGAUUGUGGUACUUGACAUGUACACUCAAUGGUGUGGUCCAUGUAAAGUGAUUGCUCCCAAGUACAAAGCUUUAUCAGAGAAGUAUGAGGACGUUGUGUUUCUUAAGCUUGACUGCAACCCUGAAAACAGGCCAUUGGCAAAGGAGCUAGGGAUAAGAGUGGUUCCAACUUUUAAAAUAUUGAAGGAUAACCAAGUGGUGAAGGAAGUUACGGGUGCCAAAUAUGAUGAUCUGGUUGCAGCCAUUGAAACAGCGAGGUCUGCUAGUUCUUCUGGAUGAGCCAAUCCCCAUUGUCCUUUACUUGUAAUAUGGCUGUAUCAAUGUAACAAAUUCUCUGCUUUUGUAUGUGUAAAUGUUUUCAAGCAAUAUGAUGAUCAAUAUAUUCCCAUAA